GUAAUAUGUUUUGGCAGAUCACCCUGGGCAUGAAGUACUACAACAAGAGCAUGCGCGUGGGCACCAUCGUGCUGAUUUGCGCCGUUGGAGAGUUGUCGGAGAUUGGACCGAAUGAGCCAUCAGACUUGCCAGUGGUGGAAUUGUUGUCCGAGCCUGUGGCAAUCGCCUGGACAGCCCUGCUGGUUUUGGGCACCAUCGUGGCGAUGUAUGGAAUUUACAAAACCAACAACCAGCCGAUCAACUCACCGACGAAGCUGUUUUGCUUCGUGGCGGUCGUCUCGUUUACAACAGUCAUCGGAGCCUCCAUAGGCAAGUGCUUAGGUUUGGCGCAAGGGGCUGCUCUAGCCGUGGUGAUUUGCCUCUACUUCUUGGACGGUGUUUUCUGCAUGGGUUUCACUGUGCUUGCCAACGCCAAGUGCGACGUCGCUAUCUACAUUCCCGCACAGCUGUCCUUGCAGUUGGUGGUGAACAUGGUGACCGGGUACUUGGUGUGGGGUGAUGCUCAGUAUGUGGAGCAUCCCGCCGCCUAUCUUCUCGUCUAUGCGCUCUGCAUACUGGGCGUUUACAUGAACAGUGAGUUGGAUCUUGUCGGAGACUGGACCAGACACUACAGCAUCCGCAGUUCCAAGCUCUCGGAGGGUCGGGCGUACAGCCGCUUCGGGCAAGCUGUGUUGGAAUUACUGAGCUCCUGGCAACGGCAAGGCUCCGCGUCAGCGGAGAGUCAG